AUGCCUUCCGCUGCCUUUGAAACAGCUGCGAAGGAAGCAAAAGGUUUUACAAAACUUCCUGAUGACGAAAUAUUAUUGCGACUAUAUGGUCUCUACAAGCAAGCAACUUUUGGUGAUAACACUACUGAUAAACCUCUCUUGGAUUUGAAAGGACGAUAUAAAUGGGAAGCUUGGAAAGAACACGAAGGUGUACCUCAAGUUGAAGCCGAAGUCCAAUACAUAGCCCUUGUUGAAGAAUUAAAAUCCAGCUACCAAUAA